GGACUUGAGAUUUCUGCAAACCUUUGGCUACCAGCACCAUUGGUUAUCAUCACGUUGUUGGGUGACACUCCGUGUGACUAUCGGCCACUUUAUGUUCCACCUUAGUUUCUGCUGCGGCGUGCUCUUCGAAGGAGAAAUUAGAUUGGCAAUCCACGCAGAGCUAUGGCUCUCUAUAGCACAAGGCUUCUCCUGGUAGUUUUUCCCAUGGUGGCGUUCCUCCUCCCUUGGCAAAGCGAGCUGACCCAGGCGGCGGGGCAGCAGCGACUCAAGCUCCUCUACUACACCGCCUCGGACGACGGAAGCCACCACCUGACCAACACCAAGAUCGCCGAAGCCCUGGUCCGGAGGGGCCAUGACGUCACCUUCCUCCUCAGCAGCAGCUGUACCAAGUGGAGAAACACCAGCGGCGCCAACCUGUUCAAGUUUUUCGUCUUCCAGUCAAGGUACACGGAGGAGGAACGGACUCAAAACCUGCGAGAGAUCUCCCGCCUGGGCCUGAGAGGAGAGCUGAGGGGCUUCGUCAAUGCCAUGAAAUUCUACCUCAAGCAGAGGUUUUUCGGCGACAAAAGGUCCAGCAAGGUGCUGUUUGAUUUCCACUUUAGCGAGUGCAACAGCCUGCUUGGGGAUAACACGACGAUACAAGCCCUGAAGCAGGAGAGAUACGACCUACUGGUCGGGGAGGAUCUGUCUGAUUGCCAGCCGCUCUUGGCGGAGAUCCUGGGCAUCAGGUUUGUCCUGAUCAGCGGAACGGGAAUUAUUCCGUCCAAGGGAAACUGGUACGGCAUUCCAAGGCAUCCAGCCUACAUUCCCGAGCGCCAUGUGGGACUGAGCGACACCAUGAAUUUGCCGCAGCGGACACUGAAUGCAUACGCGUACAUCAUCUACGACGCCCUCAGACGAGUGACUCUCUGGAAAUAUGAGGACCUCCAAAGGCAGUACAACCUCCGCCCGGAGAAGCGAAUGCCGGAGAUGUUGGCUGGGGCCCAACUGUGGCUCUUCUACGGGGACUUUGGGUUAGAGUACGCCCGGCCAAUGCAACCGAACGCAAUGUUCCUAGCUUCGCCGAUGCUGGGGCUUCCUUCCGAGGAAACGGUGCCACAGGACCAGCAGGAGUUUCUCGAUGCCGCCCACCAGGGCGUUGUUCUGUUUACACUAGGCGGUCACGUGAACGAGAUGCAGACUGCACAGGCUCAGAUGUUCGCGAACGGAUUGGCCAAGCUGUCGCAGCGCGUGCUCUGGCAGUUCAGUGGCAGCGUGUCACAUCUGCGCAUUGGAGACAACACCAAAGUGGUGCAGUGGAUUCCCCAACAGAAGAUCAUGGCUCAUCCCAACACCAAGGCUCUCUUGAGUCACGGUGGGCUGAAUGGCAUGUACGAGGCGGCUUGGUAUGGUUUGCCGAUGGUCGGCAUACCACUCUUUGGAGACCACUUCGACAACAUGGAGCGAGCAGUGUCCAAGGGAAUGGCCCUGCAGCUAGACAUUGUCGGGCUGACGGAGGAGGUCCUGUCCCAGACAGUCGAUCAGGUCAUCAAGGAUCCAAGAUUUCGCAAGAGGGCGCAGCACAUCUCGAGAAUUCUCCGCGACCAGCCAGUUAUCCCGUCCGAGAAGGCGGCCCACUGGAUCGAGCACGUGACCAAGUACGGUGGGGAGUAUCUGCGCCCUCGUGCGGCCGACCUCAGCUGGAUUGAGUACCACCUGGUGGACGUCUACGCAUUCCUAGUCGCCAUUUUGUUUAUUGUUCUUGGCCUCCUGUUCCUCUGCCUCAGGGUCUGUCUUUGGCUUGCUUGCGGCCGAAAUAAACAGGGCAAAAUCAAAAGUAAAGCAGAUUAGGAGAACAGACAAAUAAUCACCUUAGAGAGCACACAGCAAAACUAAAAUGUUGAGCUUUUUUCGCCGGCCGACAUAGGAAAUGAUCCUGCAUGCGGUAGUGGAUCGUUACCAACGACGUCUUACGGGCCCAACAUUUUGUUAAGAAUACUUUCCUUUCAUUUUAAACGAGUCCGGUAAGAUAACCUCAUCUACGGAAAGCUCACUGGGAUGCCACAGUUUUAGUAGUCUGCGGCUACGGGUUGGUAAAUGUGGACUUUUGAAGUCGGUCUAUGCACAUAUUGACCACUUUUAUAUCUCAGGGUGAUUUGGUGCCACUAAUCCUCCGAUGAACCAGACAGCAUUGUAUUUAAUCGA